AGUGAAUCAAAGGAAGCCCGUCUUUGAAAAGACUUCUUUUGACUUAUUUUUUAUACAGGGAGCUUUCUGAUCUUAUUUGGAAUAAGUAAGAUUAAUGUUCACUCUCAAGUAUUUCUGAGGGUAUACUUACUCCCUUACUCACAGGACUACACCCUUGUGGAAAAAUACAAGAGGUUUCUGGUUCUCCCAACCACUGGACAACAAGAGAGUUAAUACACAAUGAGCCAAGAACCUCAAAAUAAACAAGAAGGCCAGCCUUCCCACCUGAUCCCUUGGGCCAUUGCUAUUUUUUUCAUCUCACUCCUCAGUGCUUGUUUUAUUGCAAAUUGUUUGGUGACUCAUUACAGCUUUCUACACUGCAGGAGACGCAUGGGAAUGUUCAAGUUACCAGAGUAUUACAAGAAGAUAACAUGCACCAAAGAGGAAUCAAAACUGAAAGGAAGCACCUGGAAUUGCUGUCCUACUGGUUGGAGAUCCUUCCAGGACAGUUGCUAUUUACCUCUGAAUGACAACAAGACAUGGGCAAAGAGCGAGAGGAACUGCACGGACAUGGGGGCUCAUCUGGUCACCAUCACCUCAGAAGCUGAGCAGAACUUUAUUGUUCAAUUUUUGGAUAGACGGUUUUCAUAUUUCCUGGGACUUACAGAUGAGGACCAUGAAGGCCAGUGGUCCUGGGUGGACAAGACACCAUUUGACCCACAUAUUGUAUUCUGGCAUGAGGGUGAACCCAACAACUAUAAACAGAGUGAAAAUUGUGUUAUCCUUGUUAAUGUCCAAGACAAAUGGGCCUGGAAUGACUUUCCUUGUAACUUUGAGAGAAGAAGAAUUUGCAAGUUACCUGGAACAACGUUCAACUAGAAACCUCCAAAGGAGUCCUUAUGAUGGCAACAGAAAAGGGGAACCAAUUAGACCAGGGCAGAAUGUACCUGCACCAUUGGAGCAGAGAAAACAUGCUGAGAAAAUAGAACAUUUUUCAGUUACGAUGGCCUUACUUUUGUUUUAUUCAUUCAAGACAAUGUGCUUUUGUGUGGUUUGGUGGCCAGAAUCAUCUUUUCUGUGAGAAUCCAUUUUCAUGAACUUUGCUUGCUUGAUAGUGUAUCGAAGUAUUUCCUUUUCGAUUGGUGUGCAUUGAUUAUAUGUCAAACAGAAUGGCUCAAAUGAGGUGAUCUCUUGGUCAUUGUUCUCCUCUGCUCAAAUUCUUAGCUCUUAAAAUUCAAAGGCAGGGUAUUCCAACUGAUAGAGGCAUGCCACUUUUUUUUAAAUAUGACAAACCCUUUGAAGUUUUUAAACAACAUUCUUAUUGUUCAAUGUCUCGUUCCCAGACUUUUUAAUAGUAUCAGCCAUUAGAUUGACAUUCCAUGAGCAAAAUAUUUUCUGAACAGGAGUAUAGGAGUUCUGAAUCGUAGUAUUGCCAAGAUGGAAAAAAAAAGAAAGUCUAUCUACCUUUAAAAACAUUUUCUUCUUACUCUACCUUAAAUGUCUUCCCAAAGCAGGGAGUCCCAAGCUGACUUAGUUUCUUUUCAAGCGGAUAAAUCCCUCAUAGGCCACCUUAACCAAACUGCCUUCAACUCUGUAGCUGAGGAAACUGAACCCACGGGAAGGCAAAGAGCUCACCUGGAACAUUGCUAGUUCAUGAAGAGAAACAGGACUGUGGCCCAGAACUACUUUUCAUGAGCGGCAAACUGUGUUGCCUUCGGUAUUACAGGAAAGUUACUGGGGUGACUUGGCCUUUUGACUAAUGGAUGAAAGUUCUAGCAUUGUAUUCGUGUUUCUACAUUUUUAAUUUGAGUCAGGAAAAAAAAAUUCAUAUUUUCAGCCCAUUUAUGUUAGCAUGUCUUUUUAGAGCUAUAAAGCUAGAGUUCAAACUAGAAGGGAAGUCCUUGUCUUAACAACAUGACAUGACACUUUCAUAAACUAGUGUUAACUGUGGAGCAGUGCUAUCCAAAAUAUGGUGGUCUUUCUUAAAAUUCUCAAUUUGCUGAUGUUUCCUGAAUUGAGGCUAAACAAUUCCAAGCAGUGGCUUUUUUUUGAAGUUGAUUUUAUUUUGAGAGAGAGAGAGAGAGAAAGAGUGAGCAUGAGCAGGGGAGGGGCAGAAAAGGAGGGAGAGAGAGAGAGAGAGAGAGAGAGAAUCCCAACUGGGGUCUGUUCUCUCGGCACAGAGCCCUAUAUGGGGCUCCAUCUCACAAACGCGAGAUCGUGACCUGAGCCAAAGUCAAGAGUCAGAUGCUCAACCACUCAACUGAUUUGGCCAUCCAGGCCAAGCAACGGCUUUUUAACCUGACUGCCUUAAAGCUAUUUUUGAAAACAGCAUUUCUUUUGUAAAUUACUUAGUGAUUUUCUGUGUUAGGAAGAUUAGUGUUUGAUUGAUUGUGUGUGUGUGUGUGUGUGUGUGUGUGUGUAUGUGUGUCUGCAUUUAAAGCUGAUACUUUUAACUGAAGGAGUGCUAAUGAUUUUAAUUGUUCGCCAUUCACAUAGCACAAAAUCUACAAAACUUGUGGAAAUAAUUUUAUGUAUAUGCUAAAAGGCUUUGUGUAGUUAACAUCAUCCAUUUUCUCUACCGUAUAUAGGUAGAGAUUCAGUUGCCAAUAAAAUGUGAUCUCUAUGUGAUUUUA